AUGACUCGGCUGUUCAUCUUACCGGCCAUCUUCGCCGCCGCUUCCAUCACUCUCUGGUAUUUGAUAUGCUCAGCGCCGGGAUGGGAAACAACGGCAGAUAGCAUCGCCUCGUUCGAGUUGCCGCAACAAUUCGAGAAUUUCACCGUUUUGGCGGAUCGCUUCAAAACGUAUAAAGAACAACAUUUCGGGUACAUUAGCGCCGUUUUUGUCUACACAUAUCUCUACAAACAGACGUUCGCCAUUCCCGGAUCGUUUUUCUUGAACGUGAUCGCUGGCGCGGUUUUUGGUUUCUGGCCAGGAGUCGUUCUUUGCUGUUUUUUAACCACAAUCGGCUCCUCUCUUUGCUAUCUUUUCUCCGAGCUUUUCGGCAGGGAAUACGUUCUCUAUUAUUUUGGCCAAAAGCUCACAUAUCUGCAGCAAAAGAUCGACGACAACUCGAAUCGCUUGAUUCCAUUUUUGCUCUUCGCUCGAAUCUUUCCGAUCUCUCCUUCUUGGCUUCUCAACAUCGUUGCCCCAUUCCUCAAUAUUCCACUCAAAAUCUUUGCAAUCACCGCUUUCUUUGGUCUUGCUCCUUAUAAUAUAAUUUGUGUGCAAGCGGGGAUUUUCCUUGCUGAUUUAAAGUCAUGGGAUGAUAUUUUCAGUACGACAACGAUAUUGAAAUUGUCGGCGUUCGCGUUGAUUCCGCUCGUGUGGACGCUUUUCGUUCGACCGAGGACACAAAGGCAACAGCUAAUCCAAGCCAUCGAUGACGAAGAGAAGCCAAAACGAAUGGAAAUUGUA